AUGGCACACCUUCCUCCCUUAACUGACCCUUUGCGUUCCAAUAUCACCAACCCCAUGCCUCCUUUCCCUCAAGCUCGGCAUCAACAUGUGACUACUCAGCAACCUUCAGUAGCUUCAAUCCCUCCUGUGAUGGCGAGCCACCCAGCGACUAACCACACUCCCUCGCCUGAGCUAGGGACCCACAUUUCUAUUACCCCCACCAAUAUUCAGAUUACACAUGGGGUUAAUGCGAUUCUCCAAUCAUCCCUGAAUCUCCACAUCCAAUCGUCAUCAAAUGAAACUUCAGUGGUACGUAUUUUGCCACAACCACCACCUCCUCCACCUGGGCAAGGAUAUUCCUCUCCAGUUCCGGCAUUGUCUGCCCAGAAUACUCAAGGAGUCCAGAACCCCCCUGCUAGCAUUUCCUUUGGCUCAUUCAACUCAGCUAUCACUACCAAACCUGCCAAACGAGUUGUUUUCAACAACGGGGAACCAGGCAUUCAAGAUAACCAGGAGGUCCCCAGCCCUGCACCAGCUCUUAAUGAAGGUGACCAACACACUUUAGAAGGACAGAAGGAUACGGCGGACAAGUCUACAUAUCACCAGAGAACAACAUCUAUACAGGGCACCAUUGAUCCAAAUAAUGAAAGGGAUGACUUGUUGACAAUAGUUUGA